CGGCAAAGGCAAUUGCAACCAUCUGGGUGCAAUCCAUAAUUUGUUAGUAAAUUAUUUUUUUGAUCAUAGUAACCCUAGAUAAAAAGUUUUAAACUUCACUUUUUUGAGCCGUUCACUUUGAGUAUAGAGUUCAGAGAUUGGGAAUCAAAUUAAUAUUCGUCGUUGAAGCGUAUGUAUAUAAUUUGUUUUUACGAUAAACCAUUCAGUUUCAAUAUCACUUGACUUCCAUACUUUCAAUAAUAGGUAAUGGAUUACUCGAGCGAUUCCGAUCAAAACACAGACUACGAAUAUGUUUGCCUGCAUUUGCCUUCGGUGGAUGCAGCUUCUUCAGGUGAAGAAGCCGAUCGUGAAAUAUUCUCGCUGAGCGUUAAAAAAACCAAAACUCGUAAAAUUAAACCAUCAACAAAACGCAAACCUCAAAGUUUAGUCGAUGAACCGAGCUCUAAGCGGAAGUGUCUCAGAAAUAGAGGAGGAACCGGUGUAGUGUCCGUUAAAAAAACUAAAACUCGUAAAAAUAUUGCCUCAACUCUAAAGCGUGUGAGAAAAAGGACUCAACAAAAAACUGUGAAACCUGUGAGAAAAACUGCAACAAAUCGCGCAAAAUCAAAAAAAGACAGCAAGAAGAAAGUAACCUGGAUUGACGGGGAUUUCGAAAAGACAACUAAAUUUCCAGUGUUUAGUCAAAGAUAUAACAAAUAUGAAAAUUUGAGCCCAACCGACUUGUUUGAAACGUUUUUUGCGGAUGAACUUUGGCAACAUAUUCAGAUGGAAACCACGAAAUACGCUCUAUUUUUGAAUUGUCCGGAUCCAAAAAUUACAAUUCCUGAGCUUAAGUGUUUUUUUGGGAUUCUAAUUUUGUCAGGAUAUAACCGACUACCUGGAAAAAAAUUCUUUUGGGAUAAAGGUGCCGAUAUGGGAAAUCGAUUAGUGUCUGAGUCGAUGCGCAGAGAUCGGUUCGUUCAAAUUAUGCGGUAUAUUCAUUGGGCGGAUAAUUCUCAGGCAUCUGACACAGACAAACUGUGGAAAAUUCGUCCUGUCGUCGCUAUGCUUCAGAAAAAGUUUUUGAAUAAUUUCGUCCCAACCGAAUACAUGAACUAUGAUGAAUCUAUGGUAAAAUACUAUGGCAUGAACAGCAUGAAGCAAUGUAUAAAAGAAAAGCCUGUCCCAUUUGGCUAUAAAGUGUGGUGUUUAAAUGCAGCAAACGGUUAUCUUGCUCAAUUCGAAAUUUAUCAAGGAAAGAAAACGGUCAAUGGCAUGGAUGAUUAUUCACAAAAGUAUGGUAAAUCUACAGCUCCGUUGGUGCAUAUGCUGGAUUUACUUCCUGAAAAAGACCUGCCAUACCAGCUGUUCACCGACAAUUUAUUUACAAGUUUCAACUUACUAACUGAUAUGAGAAAACGGGGCUACGGAGUUACAGGAACUAUGCGCAUUAAUAGAAUUCCGAAAGAUAUUCCACUUCCUGACAAAAAACUUAUGGAGAAAAAAGGUAGAGGCGCCUUCGUUUCAAAAAUCUCUAAGGAAGACGGAGUAAUUGUUGUCAGAUGGACAGACAAUGCGGUCGUUUCAGUGGCAUCAACAACUUAUGGAGUUCAACCAUUGAACUCAACACUUCGGUAUUCGAAGGAAGAAAAGAGGAAAAUUGAUGUUGAGCAGCCCCAUCUCAUUGCCAUGUACAACAAGUACAUGGGAGGAACAGAUCGAAUGGAUCAAGAUUUGGCUCGAAAUCGAAUUGGUAUUAGAGGAAAAAAGUGGUACUGGCCCCUGCUUACAUGGCUUAUCGAUGCAGCAGUUCAGAAUGCUUGGACAUUGUAUAAGUGUACCGGAAAAAAAGCAACAAGUUUACAAUUCAGACGUGAUAUCGCCAAUACAUAUUUGAAACGUUACGGUGUGGCUCCUAAGCAGACGGGCCGUCCAAGUUCAUCGAAACAAGUACACAACGUUGAGACUAGAUACGACAAAAUAAAUCAUCUCGUGCAGUCGACCCCAAAUAAACGACGACGAAGAUGCGCAUUGGAGGGGUGUAAGUCAUCAGUUCGCACAGAAUGUAAAAAAUGUAAUCGUGGCUUGUGCAUCGACUGUUUCAUUCCGUAUCAUACAAAACAAUGAGCAAAAUGAAUACAGUUCAGACUCACCUUUGUUAUCAUUCAAUAAAAUAAAUUUUUUGGUAAACCAAAUCUUCUAUUGUAGUUCGUUGUAGGAGUUAAAAGCGGAUCCAGUUGAAAGUCGUUCUUGUUAUUUCCUCAGUGUUUUUUUAUUUAGUUCAGUUCGUUUGUGGAAUAACGUAGAUGUUCCAUUAUUUUAAAGUAAAUAAAACCUUGCGAUUCUUUAAUGUUGACUGUCAACAAUGAAAUAUAAAUUUUCGUUACAGUAAGUCUCUUGCUGAGCCUCGUAAAAAU